AUGCGACAGAUAUUCACAGCCGUUUUUAUUGUGGGUCUCGCUGCCUUGGCAGUGAAUACAUAUACUCUUCCCGAGGAAGACUCAAGCGUUGACAGAGUGUUCGACAGCGCUGCUCAAGAGGCCAUUUAUCUGGGCGAGAUCCUUCGUGACGUAGCAGAGACGCUAGAAAACGACGAAGAGCUGAGCGCUGAGGGUGACGAGUACUUUUUCCGUGACCUGUGGAACAAAACAAAAGAAGCUGUGAAAAAUGCUGCUAAGAAGAUGAAGCUAUCCGUAAAGGGCGCAUACAAUGAGGCCAAGGACAACAUCAAGAAAGCCACCAAGGAGGCCAAGGAUAAGCUCAAGGAAAAAACAGUUGUGAUCGUAUCUGAAUUGCUAAAAAAAGUGACGAGUGGCUAUGCCGUGGAUGAAACCGAGGGUUACGGUUACGGAAACUUUCUGAAGGUGCUGCUCGAUCUCAUCCGUCAUACGGCAGGACGAAUGGUCAGGGGUGGAAUGGCUGUGGGACAGCUGCAGCUCUCGUGAAAAUAAAGGA